AUGGCAAAUUCUAAAUCUGGUGCAGGCGAGAAUCAAUUAUCCCCUCUCAUUCAACACACAGACGAACGGCGUGAUGUGUUUAGGCAGUGCGAGUAUAAAAAACAUAGUUAUGCUCAUCGGGGUUUACGUGAAUCGGAAACAGUACACAUGCAAGACCCUGAUGCUAUGAGCGGUGGUCCUUGCUGUGCCGAUUGUAUCAAGCAAAGAUGGGAAAUUGAUAAUCUAAAAAUAGAAAUUACUUGUCUUAAGAAAUUUGUUUAUCGCGAAGGAGACAAAGCUGACAAGUCAAGCAUGGAUAUGCAAAUUUCCCGCCUUCAACGCGAUAAUUCAACCCUAAUCAAAACAGUCGAAAUGCUAAGUAGACAAUUGUUAAAUCAAAACGAAGAGAAUUCCACCAACGUCUCAAGUGAAUCAGAUGUAUAUGUAAACCCACGACAUACGAAAGAGUCGGAUAUCCCUUCAACUUCGUCUAAAGAAAAGGAAAAGAAACUGAGAAAAAAGAAGAAGAGAAAUGUAAAUGAGUCAUCGUCACAGUCAGGGGUUGACCCACCUAAAGAAAUUGUAAAUAAAGCUGCUGGUAAUCCAUCAACUUCGACCGGUAACCGUAAGCCAGUAGUGGUAAUCGCUGGCGACUCAAUAGUAAAGAAUGUAGUUGGACCAUCUAUGAGCAAAUCUGACGCAGACCACCUCUACGUUGUUAAAUCUUUUUCUGGCGCAACUAUUUCCGACAUGGAGGAUUUUAUCAAACCUACAACCCGCAAGUCACCGGACAAAAUUAUCCUCCAUGUUGGCACUAAUGAUCUGAAAAAUUCUACGCCGAAAGUUAUUACCGAUUCUAUUUUGAAUCUGACAACCCAAAUCAAAGAGGAUUCUCCUAACUCCAUGGUAGGUGUUUCUGCGUUGUUAAUCAGAAAUGAUUGCCCGAUAUUAGCCACCAAGGUUAAUCAAGUCAACUCCACCUUAGAAAAUCUUUGUCAUAUGAACAAUAUUCCCUUCCUUAAAAACGCUAAUAUUAACACUAGUCACCUCAACAGUAGAGGUCUCCAUUUAAAUAAAUUAGGCAGUAUAUCCCUCCAAAACAAUUUCAAAGAGUUUAUAAAUAACUUAGAAAAUUGA